AUGGCAUCAGAACCAGCAUUAAUAACACUAAUUCACAGGUUGCAAAACCCUAUUCCUCAGUUCGUAUUAGGUACACUUCCAAUAUUGGCAAUUAUUGGAACAACGCCACAUAAAAAGUUAUUGCCAAAGUUAUUAUGGUUUGCGCGAUGUCUUGGGUGCCCUUUUUGUGGACUAUUUUACUUUUGCUGCAUAGAGAGUAAUCCCAUAGAAAUGUGUUCGUACUGGCUUGAAGCCAAGAAUUUUUUUAUCCGUACUAAGGGUGAUAAUGACAGCAAAGCAGUCGAGGAAGGAGAAAAAGUCAGAGAACUCAUAUGGCCUUUUGGGAAUAAUAGUUGUACUAUUAAGCCUACAAAAUCGCAGGAAAAAAUCAUGAAUUAUUGGAUUUCAGAAGCAUCAUUAUUAGAUAGGUUGUCAGCAUUAUCUUCUUUAUAUUACAUAUCGGUUGGUAUAUUCGCUGGAAUUUCUAAAGCAUUAAGUCUAUGUAUGGAUGAUAAUUCAGUCGAAGAUUGGCCAUUUAUACCGCUACUAUUCAUUUGGACACUGCCAGCAAUUAAUAUUAGAAUAAAAUAUGGAUUAGUAGUAAACAUGGUGGAACCAACAGACUUAAAAGAUGAAAUAGAAAUAGAAAAACAUGAUUUGGAAAAAAGAAAAACUAGCCGUAAUUUCACUGCGAUUAUUGCUUUUAUUUCAAUUUUACUUCCAUGGUUUGCAGUGAUUAUAGCUUACUUUGUCCCCCCAGUCGGAUUUUUUUGUCGUAGCAAAUUUUUGACUAUAAUAUGUACAAUUUGGUCUUUGAAUUGUAUUAUUGCAUACAUAAGUCACGUAAUUGGUGAAAAGAAUGUGUACGGUCCUGACUCACUUAAUAUACUAUUUACUAUUAGUGGUAUAGUGAUAGCAACAAGUUUAAUUUUAUUAAGCAUAUUAUCCAACAAAAUUUCAUUAUGGGUAACUUUAUUUGGCUCUUCUUGUGACGUUUCAUGUCAAUUAGAUUAA